AUGUGGACCGUGCUCUUUGGCGACCCCGAGCGAGCCGAAGAAGAAGAGCAGGAAGAGCGAGACGUAGCAGCUGCGAGUGCACCUGCCGCCGCCGCCGCCAAGGCGCACGCGCUGUUGCCAAAGGCCCCGACGCCGCCCGUGACGCCCGUUGCGUCUCCUGUACCGCUUGUUCCUGUUGUGGAUCCGCACGUGGGCGCUCCGAUUGAAGUGAAGCACAUGAGUCGACGGGAGGAGAGCGAGGACACGGCGAUGGCCAUGCUGCUCAAGCGACUGAACAAGUUGAUGGUGAAAGUCGGACAGCACGAGUUUGAAAAGAAGACGCUGGUGGAUCAAAUGGAGAAGGAGAGAAAGCUGUUGAUGGUGCAGAUUGCAGAGCUGAAGCAACAGGUGGAGGAUGUUAAAGAUCAGAACGUGCAGCUGCAAUAUAAAGUCGAGUUUACGUCGGAGCCUAUGCUAAUGGAGAAGGUGCAGGAUAUCACGGACAUGCGUGAUGCGCUGGCUGAUGUGAAGAAAGAGUUGGAGGCUGAGCUUCAAGAAAAGGAGAAGGAGCUGAAAGAGCUGAGAAAUGGCUUGAAGGCAAAGGAUAAGCAAGUCAGUGAAGUUCGAGAGGAGUACGAGAAGCAAAUGAGUGACUUUGAAGAGCAGCUGAAAGAGAAGGAGCUGGCGGCGCAGACCGCCGCAGUGCAGAAGGCAGAGCUUGGUGCAUCUUUGGCAGAGAAAGAGCACGCUCUGGGUGUAGUUGAGGCGUCCAAGGCGGAGCUGCAACGAAAGCUGGAGGAGGUAUUGUCUCGAGAUGAGAUGAACGCUAAAGAACUUGAACGAGUGCGGCAGGAGUUGGAGGAUGUUGUUUGUGAGCAUGAGCGUAAGGGGCAGCAAGCGCAGACUGGCGACCAACAAAAGCUGGAGGCGUUGGAGAAGCGCGCACGGGAGCAAGAAGCACUUGCUGCCGAAAAGGCGCAGGAGCUGGAAGACUAUAAACACGACUGCGUUGAGCUGUGGAAGACGAAUGAGGAGCUAAAGCAGCAGAUUGCAUUCGCGUCUACCCAAGCCAUGACCGAGCAGGCGGAGGUUCGAGAAUAUGCGUUGUCAGGUCAAAAUGGGCUACAAAACAAGGUGGCCGAGUUAGAAAGCCAGCUUGAAGAGCUGCAGGUACAGCUGGGUCGAAAAGACCACCAAAUCAUGGAGUUGCAGACUGAGAAAGAGAGCCGCGCUGCCGAUGAUGAAGUAGGUGUGGCUUCGGGAGAAGACGAUGACAUAUUUGUGGUAGUCGGAGGUGGUGAAGGCGCUAUUGGUGUGCUGACCGAGCAGGUUGCUACUGCUCAACGCGAGCUGACCGAGUCAAUGGAGCUGAACUUGCACUUGAACAACCGCAACGCUUGGCUGGAGGAACAGUACCAAAUGCUGUCUUCCGUGCAGUCUGAGGGUGACGACGAGCAGGAAAGUGCAGGUGUUGUGAAGCACUCACUGGAAGAACGCGUUGCAGCACUAGAGCAGGAGCUGCAAGAAGCUCAGCGUGCUGCGAACGAGAAAGCGGAGCACGUGUCAAACUUGGAGCAGAAUUACAGCGCUCUUUCGACCGAGUUUGAUCGCCUUCGAUCCGCGUACAGCGCUCUGGCUGAAGAAAAGCAAGCCGACGAGGUUUUGCUGAACAACCUUGGACAGGAGCUGGAUUCGCUUCGCUCUUUAGAGGCGAGCGUUGUUGAAAAGGAUCAAGCGCUUUUCGCAAAGGACCAGGAGAUAGCUAGACUUCGCGCAGCGAACGCCGCACUUUCUGACGAUGUCGAGCGCUUACGCGAUACCGCCGGCCAACUGCAGCAAACUCAUGAUUCGCUGAUACAGGCGCAGAAGAGUCUUGUCGAAGCCGAAGAUACGAAAGUAAAUCUUGAGCGCGAGUUGGUUGGGCUGCGGGAGAUCUCUGCUGCUGCGUCAAAAAGGGAUGAGCAUGCUGUUGUGGUUCAGAACGAGCUUAACCAAGUUCGGUCAGAAAAAGAUGUUUUGUCUGCGGAGCUGGCCCGGUCUCAGUGUCAUAUCAACGAGUUACAGCCACGGAUCCACGAACUGGAAGGUCUUGUGAGCAAUUAUACGAGUGAGAAGAGGUCACUGGAGCAACAGCUACAAAACUUGCAGGAGAUGGCACAGGAGAACAUGGAAGGGUCCUUCGAGCUCCAGUCCAGCUUAGAAUCUACAAUGGAAGAGUUGGAGAAGACUCAAGUUGAACUGCGGGCUAAGCAGGAGAAGUAUGAGAGUCUUCAACAGGAAGCUGAGACAGCUAAGCAGUCGUCUGUAUCUCGCAAUGAGCUCGAUCGUGCCCAGAGUGAGAUUACAAGCUUGGAACAAAAGAUCCAUCACUUCAACGAUCGGGAGCAGUCUUUGACUCAACAGUUGCAGGACGCGGUACAAGCUAAGGACAAGGUUGCUGCGGAAUUGCAGAUGGUGUGCUCGGAGCGCAUGGCAGCUAAUGAUGAACAAAAGAAGCUGAAGACAUUGUACGAAGAGGCGGCAGCGCAGCUUACUUCCGCCCAGUCCUUGGCAAGCGAGCUGCAACGUUCGAAUGACGACCUUACGCAUUCACUGGAGCAGGCCCGUGCCAAGGUAAUGCAAACUGAGAAGCAAGUCAAUGCGAUGCGUGCGGAGCAUGGCGAUACACAGAGACUGGUCGAGUCGCUGACGAAGAAGAACCUCUCGCUGGUGUCCGAGAUCCAAAGCAUGCGAGACGAAGCCGACAGUCAGCAGAAGGUGGCACGCGGUCAACUUGAGCAGCUGAAAGUGGUGCAUGCUGACCUCGAGCGUCAACACGCAGAUGCUACUCAGGCACUCCGCGAUAAGGACGCUGAGGUUGCUACUGUAACUCAGCGCAGACAGAAGGACGUGGCGCAACUCGAGGACCUUGUCAGUCGCUAUAAGGCAGACAGGCAGAGUUCGGAGCAGAGGCUGUCACAGCUCAAUGCUGAAUGUGAACACCUUCGUCAGGCCCAUGGUGAGUUGAAGGCGACGACGGAUCGCUCUCGGUACGAGCUGGAGCAGAUUCGUGCGCAAUUACAUGCGACUACGCAAGAAAAAGCGUCGCUAGAAGCGGAAGUCGACCAGUUGCGCGGUUUGGAUAAAGAAAGAGCACAUUUGCGUGAGGAUCUGGAUGAGCAUAAACGCAUGAACCAGAGGCUAGAGGAAACGAACCGGGACUUGGAAGGCUUGCUGCAGAAGUCCAAGGCAUACUGUGAAGAGCUGUCCCGCGACAGCGAGGACAAGAUCAGUCGUGUGCGGGAGUUUACGCGCCACGUCGAGCAGGAAGCACGCGACGAGAUCGACCGCAUCGCGCACGAAAAUGGUUUGCUUCGAGACGAGUUGGAGCAUCUAGCUCAGACUCGCUUUGCGGAGACGAAUGCGUUCGACGAGGUUCGCGUGAAGCUUGCUGAGCUACAGGCGGAAAACAAUGUGCUGUCGGCGCGUGCUUGUCGUCUCACGCAGCAGCUGUCGCAGUACACGGAUCUUCCGGAAGAUGACGAGUUGGCAGCGGGAGGACAAGGUCAAGCGCCGGAUCUGUGGAAGCUGCUGUCAUCAGGCAUGGAGCAGCUGAAGGCUGACCUGGAGCUUGCCAGUAAGUAUGCGGCUAGCAUCGACACUGGUAGCGUCGAUGGCGGUAUGGGGGACGAAUCCUUUACAAAUGCGAACUAG